GCUCAGGGGGCGGGGCCAACGCGCAAGGGGUAGGGGAGGCGGGCAAGAUGGCUUCUGGCGAGUGAUUCUGCCCGGAUACCUCCGGCGACCGCUGAGACACCGGGACGGGGGGUGCUGCCCCCACUGCUACCCUUCUUCCUCUCCCCCGCCCCCAGAGACCCCCUCCUUCCCUUCCUCCUUCUACCUCGGUGGGGAGGGAGGGGAGGUGGGCCUGGUUCCUGGGACACCAUGUCGGACUCAGAGGAGGAGAGCCAGGACCGGCAACUGAAAAUCGUCGUGCUGGGGGACGGCACCUCCGGGAAGACCUCCUUAGCUACGUGUUUUGCUCAAGAAACUUUUGGGAAACAGUACAAACAAACUAUAGGACUGGAUUUCUUUUUGAGAAGAAUAAUGUUACCAGGAAACUUGAAUGUUACUCUUCAAGUUUGGGACAUAGGAGGGCAGACAAUAGGAGGCAAGAUGUUGGAUAAAUAUAUCUAUGGAGCACAGGGAAUCCUCUUGGUAUAUGAUAUUACAAAUUAUCAAAGCUUUGAGAAUUUAGAAGAUUGGUAUUCUGUGGUGAAGAAAGUGAGUGAGGAGUCUGAAACUCAGCCACUGGUUGCCUUGGUGGGCAAUAAAAAGCACAGGCUCCGGAUGCACAGGCUCAGCGGCCAUGGCUCACGGGCCCAGCCGCUCCGCGGCAUGUGGGAUCCUCCCGGACAGGGGCACGAACCCGUGUCCCCUGCAUUGGCAGGCGGACUCUCAACCACUGCGCCACCAGGGAAGCCCCAUGACUUGAUUAUUGUUCAGGCAUUUUAUAUUUUCCAGCAAAAUGUAUUAACAAAGGAGAAUGCAUUUUUGUUUUCAUAACUGUUUUCCAUGUAUUACUUGAACCAUUUAAUGGCGGAAGAAAGAAAAUUUCUCCUGUGGUUUGUGUUUUGUUUGUUUUUGUCUCCCUGGUAACUAGAAAUGCAAGUGCCUCUCAAUUUAUAAUUGUUUAAUAUAAUUUGUAACUGUUUAAUUGAAUAUGACAUAACCAAAAUCUCAGAGACAAUUGUAAUGCUUAGAUUUUAUUAUCUUGCUAGUUAUAACUUCAUGUUAUCAUUUUUAAUAACUCAAGACCCAGUAUAUACAGGGAGAGGUUUAUUGUUAACAAGAAAGAUAAAAAUCUAUAUUAUUUUAUAUUAGUUAAGGCAAUCUAUAUUAGUUAAGGUAAUGCUAGAUGCUAUAAACAGACAGUCCCUAAAGUUUCAAUAUCUUAGCACAAUAGAAAUUUAUUUCUUAUUUACAUAAAGACCAAAACCAGGUACUGCUUAUCAGUGGCUCAUCUCCCUUUCAGGAACCCAAACUCCUUCCAUUUUCUGGAACUGCCAUUUUCAACAGUUGGCUUCAUGGGUUACCAUGAAAAAGGAGAGUAAGGACUACCAUACAUGGAAGGUUUUUAUGGGUCAAGCCUAGUAGUGUUGCAUAUCAUUUAUUCAUUACUUUGGUCAGAAGUUAGUCUUAUGGCCACAGCUAACUGCAGGUCGUACUGGAAAAUGUAGUAUAGGUUAUGAACAGCUAUCCAGUCUGCUCAACUUAUACUUAUGUGUCUGUUCUACUCUUCUUUAUGUCAAAAACAGUGAAGGAUCUUAGAUUUUACCCUACUUAGAAGCUAACAAGUUAGCCUGCUACUGCCAUGGAUACUGGCAGAAGGCAUGAGGCUCCUGGAUCAGAGAUAAAGGAAUAUAUUACUCCCAGCAUAGCAAGUAGGGUGAGCUCGAUGUUUGUGUUGGUUCUGCUAGGACAGUGUGAGGGGACCCACACAGAUGAUCUGUAUCUAGCGGUUUGUCUCACAGCUGAGGAAUCCUGAACUUAGGAAAUCUGUCUCUUUUAUAAUGGUCUCCAAGUAAAUCUCUGAACUUUGCUCUGGAGAGAGAUAUUAUCUUUAUUAUACCAGAUGACGAACAAACUUACACUUUAUUCCUGAGGGAGACACUCUCUCUUUGUAAGUUGCCAUACAAACAUCCUUGAAAGAAUAGUCCGAAAAAAAAGCUGUCAUUCAAAAAUUUUUCUCAACUUUAAUUUUUAAAAAUUUAUUAAAAAUUUGAGUAUUUUCCUUGCCAUCUAUUAAUGCACAUAUAUACAUAUAUAGUAUGUUUACAGAGUAGGAGUUUUAUUAUAUGCAAUUUUAUACUCUUUAACAUCCUGUACUAUUGUGUAUUUCACUUGAUAGCCUUUCUCCAAGCUUUAUUGAGAUAUAACUGGCAUAUAACAUGAUGUAAGUUUAAGGUAUACAGUACAUUGAUUUGAUACACAUAUAUUUCAUAAUGAUUACUACCAUCAUCACCUCAUAUAAUUAACAUUUUUGUGGUGAGAACAUUUAAGAUUUACUCUCUUAGCAACUUUCAAGUAUAUAAUACAGUAUUGUUAACUAUAAUCACUAUGUGUACAUUAGAAUCGUAGAACUUAUUCAUCCUAUAAUUGGAAGUUUGUACCCUUUGACUCACAUCUCAUUUCCCCUAACCCUCAGCCCCUGAUAACCACCGUUUCUACUCUCUGUUUCUGUGAGUUUGGCUUUUUUAGAUUCCACAUGUAAGUGAUAUCAUACAGUACUUGUCUUUCUCUAUCUGACUUAACAUAGUGCCCUUAGGUUGCAUGCAUGUUGUCACAAAUGGAAGAAUUUCCUUCUUUCUCAUGGCUGAAUAAUAUUCCAUUGUUAUAUAUGUGUAUGUAUCACAUCUUUAUUCGUUCGUCUGUUGACAGACACUUAGGUUGCUUCCAUGUCUUGGCUAUUGUGAAUAAUGAUGCAAUAAACGUGGGAGUGCACAUAUCUCA